UUUAAUACUAACUUUAACUAAAUACCGAAAAUACAGCCGCCGCUCAGCCACCCUCAGUCAGUGGCAGCACCGUAGCUGAUUUUCCACCUUCAUUCUAGCCAAGGUAUUGUCUUUUCUUGAUCUUUAUCAAUAACCCAGCUGCAUGUAUCUCCAUACAAGCUGUACAAUGCUAAUCAGAAAGCAAAUUUCAAACAUUUGGGGUUCUUUUCAAGAACCCUUUAAUACCCAAAAUCUGUUUUUUAUCAAACACUUUUCAACAACAACCCCAACCCCAACCCCAUCUCCAGUUUACUCAGAUACACAAAAAUUGGACACCCAUUUGAGGUCUCUUUGUGAAAAGUCUAAUCCCAAGUAUAUUAAUGCAGUUUCACUCUUUAACCAUGUAAUUGAUGAUUUGGGGCAAACCCCAUCUGAGUCAACUUGCAAUUUUCUUGUUGUAACUUUGGCAAAGCGUAAGGAGUACAAUCUUGCUUUAAGGGUGUACCGUAAAAUGAGACAAGUCCAAGUCUUGCCCAGGUUUUUAUCAUUAGCUGCUUUAGUUGAAUGUUUUGUGUAUGUUCAUAAGCCUAAAUUAGCAAUUGGUGUAUUGGGGUUGAUGUUAAAGAAUGGUUAUAAGGUUAAUGUAUAUGUUGUUAAUGUUAUUUUGAAGGGUUUAUGUGAAAAUGGUAUGGUUGUUAAUGCUAUUAAGAUUGUUUGGGGUUUGGAUAUGAAAGAGGUGACACCCGAUAUAGUAAGUUUAAACACCCUUGUGAGAGGACUUUGUAAAGAGAAGAAAAUACAGGAGGCUUUGGAUUUGAGGUUUAGGAUGGAAAAGGUGGUGAGUUUUGCUCCAAAUUCGAUUACGUAUGCCAUUUUGAUGGAGGGUCUUUGUUCGGAGGGUAGGUUGGAUGACGCUACUGGGUUGUUGGAGGAGAUGAGAGAAAAAGGUUUGAAAGAGGAUGUUGUUGUGUAUAGUACACUAAUAAAUGGGCUUUGUAACAAAGGAUAUGUUAGUAGAGGGAAAGAACUUUUGAAUGAGAUGUUGGAGAAAGGAAUUUCUCCGAGUGUAGUCACUUAUUCUUGUUUAAUUAAUGGUUUUUGUAAGCAGGGAAAAUUGAAAGAAACUGCAAUGUUGUAUGAUGAUAUGUUGGACCGCGGAAUCCAGCCUGACAUUGUUACUUUUACGGGCAUGAUUGGUGGUCUCGGCAAUAAUGGGAUGGCUAAAAAAGCAAUUGAAAUGUUCAAUUUGAUGAUACGUAGGGGUGAGGAGCCUGGAAACAUAACGUACAAUAUUCUUUUAAGUGCACUAUGCAAGGAAGGAUUAUUGGCCGAUGCUUUUGACAUUUUAAAAUUGAUGGUAGAGAAAGGCAAGAAGCCUGACAUGAUCACUUACAAUACACUGCUAAAAGGACUUUGUGAAAGUGGGAAAGUGGAUGAUGCCACAACACUUUUUGAUUCGAUGUUGGCUGACGAGACUUAUGUUCAGCCGGAUGUUAUAACAAUGAAUGUACUGAUUCGUGGGCUUUGCCAAAAAGGCUCCCUUGAUAAGGCUGGGGAAAUUCAUAACAAGAUGGUUGAGAACAAGUCUUUAGUUGAUAUUGGAACCUUUACUAUACUUAUUGGAGCUUAUAUGAAGGCAGGCGACAUUGUCAAAGCUUUUGAACUUUGGAAGCAACUAAAUCAAUUGAAGCUUAUUCCAGAUUCAAUAACCUAUAGCACCAUAAUUGAUGGAUUUUGCAAGUUGAGUGCGCUCAAUAUUGCAAAAGGUUUGUUUCUCAAAUUUAGAAAGAAGGGAUAUUAUCCAACUGCUUUUGAUUACAACAGCUUGAUGGAUGCAUUAUGCAAAGAGGGUAGCUUGGAGCAAGCAAGGAGGUUGUUUCAAGAGAUGUUAGAUGGAAAUUGUGAACCAGAUGUAGUCUCAUUCAAUAUUAUCAUUGGUUCAACUCUUGGAGCAGGAAAUUUGCAGUCUGCUAAGGAGAUGCUUAUUGAUAUGUCCCAGAGGGGUUUGCAUCCUGAUGCUUUCACUUUCUCCAUAUUAAUAAACAGGUUUUCGAAGCUAGGACAGUUGGAGGAGGCAAAAAAAUUAUUUGAGAGAAUGAAUGCAUCUGGCUUGACACCAGACAUUGAUGUGUAUGAUUGUUUACUCAAGGGAUUUAGUUUGAAUGGUGAAACAGAAGAAAUUUUUGAUUUGCUUCGCAAAAUGUCUGCUAAGGGCAUUAAGCUAGACAACGGACUUACUUCCACCAUCUUGGAAUGUCUUUGUAAUAUUUCUGAAGAUCUUAAUGUGGAGGAACUGUUGCCAAACUUUUCGCAGAAAAAUUCAGAAGAAUUUAGUAUUCCCUGUAGUGAAUUGUUGAUGAAGCUUCAGAAGAGUCACCCCAAGCUUCAGUUGGAUUCUGCUUUGUAGUACAAUCUUACAUGCUUCUGGCAGCUGUUGAGGGAGCUUUCUUUUCUACAUAGGUAAUACAUUUUGACAUUUAAAGCUUUUGCAACGCAAUGCAGGGUGGAAACAUGUCGAGGCUACUCCAUCGGGUAACAGUCAUGAUUCAUUUGGAUGACUCCCUGGUGAAAGAUAAGACAGAGAGGGAUGAUUUCAAUCAUAAUCACUCACCUGGUGAUCAGACUCAUCUUUCUAGCGAAUUCCUUUUCAAUAUUCUUUUUCCAGAUAAUUCUCUCUCCAAACAUAAUUUCAGCGAGAAGGAAUUUCUAUCUGAUCCAUUUAGUCCUGGAAACUGCACACAGUCGACAUACAUUAGCUUUGUUUUUAAAGGACAUAGGACAGCUCUCUCUCGGAUUUCGCAUCCUGUUCUCCCAAGUAUGAGAACUUUGUCUCACGAUUCAGAAAAUCUUGAUUUGGGCCUAUCUGGAGGUGAGUACGACCGCAACUGUGGACCUGGUUCGAGGCAGACUUGCCUAGUUCGGUGGCCUACUGGACCACCGGAAAAGACGUCAUUUGGCAUGCAAAUAUUAAUAUUACUGCACGGAGGUGCUCUAUAACCAAAAGGUGAAUGCAAAAUUCUACUCUUUUUUGGCAUGCAAAUAUUAAUAUUACUGCACGGGAGGUGCUCUAUAACCAAAAGGGUUGGGUGAUCAUCCGUUGUACCGCUUCACUGGUUGAGUUAUCAAGAGCUCACACAGCACGGUUGAAAUGGGAUGCACGAGUUGUAUAGAGAUUGAAAGUAGCAUUACUUUGCCAGAAACCAUUCUCUAAAGACUAUCAAACUAAAAAUUGGCACGAUAAGACAUUCUUUGCUCGAUUAAUAGUUAAAUUUCGAACAUAAGAAGAAGAAGAAAGGGUUCUGCACAUGACCAAACACAUUUCCUAUGGUGCUGUAAGGUGUACAUAGGGCCAUGUAAUUACACCAUUUGAAGAACAGGACAAUCAUGAAAUUUAUAGGGCUAUGAGUUUUGUUUUAGUGUAUUGUUAUAAAGGCAAUUCAAAUUCUGAAUGUAUUUUUAGAAUUAAGUACAA